AUGGUCCUCCUGAGCCUGGUGUUACAAGGUGGUUGCGCGGGCAUUCCCGAGGGCGCCACUGCGGUGACCGGGUUUGAGCUCGAUCGUUAUCUCGGCCAAUGGUAUGAAGUUGCCCGGCUCGAUCAUCGCUUCGAGCGGGGCUUAUCGAACGUGACCGCAACCUACAGCAUGCGUAAAGAUGGCGGGGUAAGUGUCCUCAACCGUGGCUACAAAGUCGACAAAGGUGAGUGGCAAGAGGCCACCGGCAAAGCUUACUUUGUUGGCAAAACAGACGUCGGCCAACUGAAAGUUUCAUUUUUUGGCCCUUUUUACGGCGGCUACAACAUCAUUGAGUUAGACAAAGAUGCCUAUCAGUACGCAUUAGUUGCCGGGCCGGAUCGGGGGUACCUGUGGAUUCUAUCCCGUUCCCCCCAACUCGACCCAACAACCCUGUCAGCACUUAUUAACAAAGCCGACAACCUCGACUUUCCAACCGACCAGCUGAUUUACGUCGAUCACACAGCACCGCGCAAUUCUAGCGGCCAGGUUGAAAAGUAA